AUGGCCCCGUCUCUCGUCCGCCCCCAGGGCCACCUGUCACCGGCUCAGGCCCUUGAGCUGGCCCAGAAGGCGCCGACGAUUCUGCGAAACAACCCAAAGGCAUUUUCAUCGUCGCCGCUUCUAUCACUGUUCUCGGCAUCUGAGACGCCCGAACUGUGGACAAUCUACGAGAACCUCCUUCUGGCCUGCCUCCGGACGGGAGAUAGUCAAGCAGCGCACCAAUGCCUCGAAAGGCUGAUUAUCCGCUUUGGAGACGAAAACGAACGUAUCAUGGCUUUCAAGGGCUUGGUCAAAGAGGCGGAAGCCGACAACGAUGGAGAACUGGCACAGGUUCUCAUGGAAUACGAGACCAUACUUGGAGCAAACGCGACGAACAUUCCUGUUGCGAAACGUCGCAUUGCCCUCCUGAAGUCUACUGGAAAGAUAUCGGAAGCGGUCGCGGCACUCAACUCCCUCGUUGACUUCAAUCCCACGGAUGCAGAGGCGUGGGCAGAGCUUGCCGACUUGUAUCUGUCGCAGGGCCUCUACUCGCAGGCCAUAUUUGCGCUUGAGGAGGUCCUCGUUCUGACUCCGAAUGCAUGGAACAUACACGCGCGGCUGGGCGAAGUAUUGUACAUGGCAGCCUCGACUUCUGAAGGAUCCUCGCUGCAGCAUUUGACCGAGUCUGUAAAGAGAUUCAGUCGAAGCAUCGAGCUUUGUGACGACUACCUCAGGGGUUACUACGGACUGAAACUAGUUACGAACAAACUGAUCAAGGAGCCCUCAAAGCCAUCAAAGCAACCGGAGCUGGAGGAGUGGAGCCUUCCCGACGUCACCACGCUACAGAAUCUCAAUGAGCUGGCGACAAAAAAGUUGGCGGAAAUUGUACGCCGUAACGGAGCGCAGGAGAGGCUCUGGCAGGGCUAUGACGAAUCGGAAGUGGCAGCGGCGCGAGAUUUACUGUCAAAGGAGUCGGCCGAGCUUGUGAGAUGA